CUGCGUUGAGGUUCGCAUUGUUGGUUGGUGCGUGGUCCCGUGCGGUCGUGUCUUGGACCCUUUCUUGGCCUACUACGACGGUCGAUUGAUCGAGCGCGCGCGCAUUUUUUUCUCCCGAGUGUUCUACCGCGACGCGUUGUACUACUUGUUGAGGAUAGUGUGUGGCCUCUACUGGGGUGACUUUUCGGACUUUUGAAAACUUUUCCAAGUUCAACGUGCUCUAGGAUUCCUUUUUUUUUGGCGCGCGCUCUCUCGCGUGUUUGCGUGCGUCAGUCAGUGUGUGACGACAGUGACUGUGAAGCGUUGGCGUGAGGAUUUUUCGCAAGCUUUGGGAAGGAAAACUUUUCCCCCGGUGUUGAGGGAGUUCGUGCGUGGGGAUUAAAAAACCGGCGAAAUUGGCGCACAGCUGCGGUGGAACCCAGAACCGAUGCCGGUUCUAGUGGCGUGUUCUCACGAAGAAACGACGGAAUUUCCAUGAUUCAUGCCGGCAGAAUUGCGACAAAUGCGUUUUUCGCGGUUUUUAUUUUCUGUGAAUGUUUAAUUUGAUUUUUGCACGUGUCAAUUCGCUCACCGGCGCAAAUAUCGCCGAAAGUGGUCAACCGGAAUAAAAGUACCCAAACUUGGUUGGUUUUCAUUCAGCGUAAGUGCGUUUUUUUUCUCUCUUUCUCCUCAAAAAAAAAAUAUAUAUAUUUCUGUUUGUUAAAAAUAUGAGUGCCAAUCGAAGAGCCGGAAUGUGUCCCACGUGGUGGCCAACCGUUGCGCUGGCGCUUGUGGUCGUGGCCGGGUGUGUGCCCGGUGCCCUCGGUGGGUCCUGCCGGGAGGCGGCCCUGUGCUGCAACGGGCGCGAUUCGUCCUGCGUGGUGCAAAAAGCGCCACUGAACGCGAUUAUCGAGGAUUUGAACGAUAAGCCGUGCUACUGCGAUCACGCGUGCUUGCGGCUCGGCGAUUGCUGCGACGAUUUCAAGGCACACUGUGGUGUUUUACUGAUUUUGUUUUUUUUUUUUUUUCUUGUUUUCUUCCCAGAAACGGCCCUCCUGCUGCCCGCCAAUCUGUCCAAGAGCCGUCACGAGAACGACACCAGCGACAUCCGCCGGAACCUGAGGCUGCGCUACAAAAACGCAUUCAAACACAACCGAGGAAACGAGUACUGCCUAGAGUAUGAAGUAAUUAAGGCCACCAAGGCUUGCCACCGGGACAAAACGUACAGCGCGCUGGCCGAGGGAGACCGUGUCGUGGUGCGGUGUGACCUGGAGGCCCUGCACGAGGACACGUCGGCCACCGGAGCGACGACGGCCACCGAAAUCUCCAACAACUCCAUCCAGGACGACGACGGCAACGCCGAGGGGGAACCGCACCACAAGCACGAGCGAAAGCCCAAAUUCCGGUGCCGCGGGGAGGGUCUGACCGGUCGGAGCACCCGGUUCACCAGUCUGGCGCUGCCGUCCUGCCGUGGCAAGUGGAUGCGCGUGACGGCCAAACAGCUGAAGAAGUGCUCGUCCGCCGAGGAGCAGUUCAUUUUCGUUUAGGGUGGUGGUGUGGUGGGAGGGGAGAAGGAGGUAAGAGAGGAUCAUCGGAUGAAAAGUGCAAAGUCCUUUCGAGCAAGGAGGAGAUGGAGGAGGAGGGUUGUGGUGUCACGUGAAAGUGACACUGGAAAUGUGUAUCAUUGACAAUAUUAAGCUUUUCGGAACCGGAGAGUAAGAGCGAAGAACGAACCAAUAUAAAGUCACACGCCAUAAUGGGGAAGCAGCUUUUCAGUGAGGGUUGGAUCGGGAUGAAUGAACAAAUAGAAACUAAAACACACAUACAAUUGCGCUCAGUUGCAUAAAAACGAUGAAGAAAAAAAUUAACAAAUUCAAGAUAAAAUAAAAAUAAUAAUAAUAAAUUGUGAUAUUUUUUCAUAUUUUACAAAUUCUUAAUGGCAGAAGCACAGACCAUUUUUUGUCUCAAAAUACCCUCAAAAAACACAUAUUAAAUAUGUUAGACAUUUGUUUAUCAAAAAUCCUAAUUGUCUUAUGUAAAAUCCAAAAUAUAAGUAUAUGCAUUUUUAUCAGAACGAAUAGUUUAUUCAUACAACCUGGCUCAGUAGCGCUGGAUAUUCCCUCAACCCCCGCUGGUUGGUCACUUUUUCGUUUGACACUUUUUUAGUUUGUACCCCGUUGGUUGGUCAAAGUCAAACUAAAAAGUGACGAACUGUCACUUUUUACACGGCGCUCGCGCAAACGAUCAAAACAUACGUUUGGUAAUGUGUGUGAACUCCGUGUAAAAGGGUUGUCAAACUAAAAAGUGACCCCGUUCGUUUGACAACGGUUGGUGUCAAACCAUCGAGGAGUGUUUAAAAAUCGAAUUUUGUAAAGAAUUGCAUAUAUUUUUUUUACAAUUUCAAAAAAAAAUGAAUUUUUCAGUGAUACGCUUGUUUUUUUUAUUUAAUCUAGAGUCCAUUUGUGUUUGGUCAACUCAACAAUCAAAACAGUGGCGAUAAGUAUUACUUUUUUCUGAUGAUAAGUAGACAUUUUUUGCAAUAAAACGAUAAGAAAUGUAAGUAUUUCCACGAGGGAGCUCCAAAUUUUUUUUUUCAUUCAAAAAUUAUAACUUAUACAAGAUUGUAAUACUAAUCACUAAAAGACCGAAGUAAUAUAUAAAAAUUUUUAUGCAACUGAGUGUACCAAACAGGCAGAUUGAAAAAGAAAACUCAAAGUGAAAACAAGUUACACACAGAACAAAAAAAAAUCCAACACUCAAACACAAGCAUGGAACGAAAGUCGAGAAAACUUGUUAGCUUUAGGACAGGUGACAGUGACAUUUACUGUCACAAGUUUUUAAACCUUUUUUCCUUUGUUGCCGAAGCAGUGAAAAUUGAAAAUCGAACCGAUCGGUGGGAAGAGAGAGAUUUUUUUGUUUUCUAAGAUUGUAGGAGAUAAGUAGUGGAAAACUACCCAGCCCAGAGUGGAAGAGACGAAACAUGAAAGCAUCAGAAAUCGAUUUGGGAGCUCGGCCCGUCUCGGCGAAGAUUAUCAAUCACAGUUCACACUAUAUAUAUUUAUUCGUCACUCGUCACAGCACCCGAUGUAACCCCGUAAAGGCGCAAAAAGGUUAGGUUUGAGUAGUGAAUUCCGUUUUUGCGUUUAGAAAGCCACACCUUACAGUAUAUUUUACCACGAUGAUUUCCAAAACUGCCCCGUAAACAGUUCGAGACACCACAAUUGUAAGAAUUUUAAGCAGUGCGUUUUAUAAUAAAAAUUAAGAUACAAAGAGCAAAUCAGUUUAGGAAAGUGCCAUAUCACUGGAAGCAAAAUCGGGCACAUUUCGAGCAGCAGUUACUUACACAUUCAGAGUCAGUAAAUUGGUGAGUCGAAUCGAAAAUAUUAAGCAAAUAGCUAGAACAGAUUAUGGACUCAUCACAAUGAAAUUAAAAAAAAAGCAGAAAAGGUUUAUAAAUACACUUAAAUAUGAUUAAUUUAGAAGAAUCAGUACGUAUCAUUAGGAUUAUGUUCAGUCUCGGUUAAAUAUGUACAAUAAUGUUAAAUAUAAAUCGUAAAAG